UGCCGAUCAUUUAUUUGUAUAAUUCAGUAUGUAUGAUAAAAAUCGAGACGUUGUGCAAACAUUGUGCCAAAAAUUUCUCCGUAAAACAGUAUUCAGUCACGGUGAUUACCGUGCGAUUGGAUGAAUUCAUUCAAGUCGCAACACCUUUAGCGCAAUGUCGCACUAUAAACUAAUAUCUAUUUUAUUAAUUUCGACAUAUUUUCGUACGUCAUCAGCGAGAUGUUCUCAGAACUUCAGGUUAGACGUAUGUGCACAACAAUGUCCUACUGCCUAUGAAAACAAACUUUAUUUUACCUGCUGCAAUGUACUAGAGAAAUACGGUGAGUGUCCAUCAAGUGAGACCCCAACUUAUGAUCACACGUUCGAUUUGACCGAAUUGGAAUGUUGUUCGGACUUGGACUGCCCCGACUCGUACAAAUGCUGCAAAGAGGCGGACUAUGAAAAACCCUACUACUCGUUGUGUAAACCACCGAUAUUUACCUACGCAAGUGAAGAUGAAAAACAAUCGUUUGAUGAGCCCGUACAUUCUGGUGAAGGCGAUACUCUCACCGAAGAUGAUACUGAAAUUGAUUUUGUAUCAUCUUAUCGGGAUGAUUCGGGAUCAGGGUCAGGAUCAGGUAGUGGAAGUAAAGAAUAUUCACAUGAAUUCGGCAGUCAAGACAUGACUCACUAUGAUGAGGAAAUAAAGAAAGAAUAUGGGUUUGACGGGUCCCAAAACUGGAAGCCAGGAAGUGGCAGCGGGAAAGAAAUUGACGGAUCGGGUAGUGGUGAUAAUUCCAACGAAAACGUCGAAUCAUUAUCGAAUGACAAGGAGCCCAUUGAUUAUGCUACCGAUGACUUCAGUUUUGCAUGAUUUGAAGACACCGUAGUAACAUAGUAAAUAUUGAGUAACUUGUGAAAUAAUAAACAUGAACUUUGUCCUUGUGUA